AUGGGAAGCUUCUGUUCCUUCGCUAAUAACUUGAAUCUAGUGGAAAUUAAUCUUACUGGGAAAUGUUUCACAUGGAAGAGUGGAAACUCUAUGAGAAGGAUUGACAAAGCACUAGGCUCAUGCCAUUGGUUUCAAAAAUUUCCACAGUUGUCACUCAUCGGUCUCCCUAAAAGGCCCUCUGACCACAAACCGAUUGUUUUCACGGCAGAGGAGCCGAAUUGGGGACCCAAACCAAUCAGAUUCGUUGAUAUUUGGUGGUCCUGGCCCAAAUUUAAUAAAGUUGUUAAAGGUUUUUGGUCAGAAAUUUCUCAAUCUCAUACUUCAUUAGCUGUGAAAAUGAAGUUGCCAAGACAUAAGCUGAAUGACUGGAAUAAAAAUGUCUUUGGACAUAUUGACCACACCAUCUCUACCUUGAGAUGGUCUAUAGAUGCAUGGGACAAUGUUGCCGAAAACAGAGCCUUAUCAGAGUCUGAGCUUGAAAUUGUCCAGCAACUAAGGUCUAAUCUGCGAUCAUCGUCUUCAAGAAGUGAAUGCAUCUGGAGACAAAAGUCGAGAAUUUCAUAG